AAGAAAACCUCACCCAUAUAAUCCCAUCACCUCUCUUUGCAAACAUUUCAAACACCCAUUUCAUUCUUCGACCCCGUUACAACUUUUCAUCCAAGAAAAUACUCUGUUUUUCUUACUCUGUUUAUUCAUUUUUUCCUUCCAAAUAAUCUCUAUUUUUAUUGCAUUUUUAAUCAAUAAUCUAAAUCAAAUAAUAUUCCUUAGUUUGAUUCAUAUUAAUGGAUUCAAAUUGGUCUUCUAAUUGUCUCCCGCCUGGGUUUCGGUUUCAUCCUACUGAUGAAGAAUUGAUCAUACACUAUCUCAAAAAUCAAAUCAUGUCUAGACCAUGCCCUGUUUCAAUCAUUCCUGAAGUUGAUAUUUAUAAAUUUGAUCCUUGGCAAUUACCCGAUAAGGCAGUGUUUGGUGAGAAUGAAUGGUAUUUCUUCACCCCAAGAGACAGGAAAUACCCGAAUGGGAUCCGACCAAAUCGAGCAACGUUAUCGGGUUAUUGGAAGGCUACGGGUACUGAUAAAGCCAUUUAUAGUGGAGCAAAAUAUGUUGGGAUUAAGAAGGCUCUUGUAUUUUAUAAAGGGAGACCUCCUAAGGGUUCUAAGACUGAUUGGAUUAUGCACGAGUAUCGCCUAAUUGAGUCUAAACAUAAACCCGUCAAGCAACAUGGAUCUAUGAGGUUGGAUGAUUGGGUGUUAUGUAGAAUAUACAAGAAGAGGCAAGUGGCAAGGGUAGAGGACAAAGGAGAGGAUUCAACAUCAGCACAAGUACAAGUAAGCAAUGAAGGGGGAAGUGAGGGUUCUAGUGUUCAAGACCACCAAGCAAUCCAGUUCCCAAGAACUCAAUCACUUUCUUACUUAUUGGAUUUGGACUAUUUGGGUCCGAUUGCCCAUUUACUAAAUGACAACACUUCAAACUUUGAUCUACAAACAAGUAUGGGCCACAAUGUUGGAUUUGAACCUAAUAUGGGCCCAUAUUCUUCAUAUCCAAAUAUUGGAUUAAGCUGCCACCAGAUAAAUGGGAAUCCAUCUUAUUAUAAAUAAUAAUUGUUUAUCAUGAAAAGGAUCUCCACAUUUGUUUUAAAGGAGAUGGUUCAUGUGAUUGUGAAUAAUAUUAGGUCAUCCAAUUGUAAAAAUGAUUUUUAAUUAAUCAAAUGUGUUGUAGUUUUAAGUAGAAUUAAUUUAUAGUUAGGUGAUUUUCUUUUUAUUUCUUUUAAGAAUAUUAGGGGUUGUAAUUUAUCUCUAUGAAUGAAUAACCUAAUAUUUUCUAGUAUUAAAUAAAUACACUUUGCUA